AAAAACAAAUUAAUUCAUACCGUUUCUCUCACUUCACAGACUUUUCCCCGGUGAGAUUCUAGGGUUUUAUUCCGAAAUCUCUCGGAGGAGAAUUUCACAUUCCCGGAGCCAUUGCUGCUCCAGAAACCGAAAUCGAUCUCUAAUUCCGAAGCCAUGCAUCUCCUCUGCCGGUGAGUAAUUCCUCAGCCAAGGAGUUCCUCGGCUCAGAGGGGUAAACGGAUAUCCUCUCAAUAGGUAUCCAGAAACCCAAUUUACAGAUUUCAACUGUCAAUAACAUCAACAACAACUGCCAGAUGAAAUGAUCAGAAUGAGUGACAAAGAUACGGAAGCAACAAGGGAGCUGAAGAGGAAUAUUUUCGAGAUCUUCAAAGAUUUCAUGACAGGCUUGAUUGAGAAACUAGGGAAUACUGGAAGCCAAUUUCUUCUACGGUUUCAACAAGGACUCAGUUUGCUCCAACAACCUCCUGUUGAUACUUCAUCGAAGUUGAUCGAGAACAUUUUUAAAAACAAUGAAACAAGACGGCUUAAAUUGUAUAUCAAAGCAGGUUAUAUUAACAUCCAUAAUGCUGCACAGACCACGAAAACAUUGCAUACUUGCAUGCUGGGACUUCAUGACUAUCUAAUCAAAGCUAAAAGCCUAUUAGUUGAGCUUGAGCGUCUCGUCGAGGAUGCAACCCUUGCAAUAGAGACUGCCACUACAUUUUCCACGCGUCUUGACGAUGAAUCGUGCCAUUGGUUGCAUCAUGAGGCCAGAUAUCAACAGAAUAAGUUAUCAAAAUUGAAUGAUCAGGAAAAACUGACUACAUCUUGCUCUCAAGAACCGGAAAUCAGAGAGUACGCCGUCUUGAUUUCAGUCAUUUAUAGUAUGAUGUUGAGAAACCACGCGAUGCAGGAAAAGAUUGUGGAGUCUCUUGGUCUCAAGUCAUUAUCCAGUGAACUAGAGACUUACACCCUGAUGUGGUCCUUGCGACCCUUUGUAGAGGAAGAGAUGGUGCAUCAAGCAUGGGAACGUAUGCCUUGAAGCUCUCCAUACCGGAAUUUUACUCGAUUUGGGAGUGAGAAACUUGCAACGGGGAAGCAGGAGAGGGGCGGAUCGGAUGGAUUAAGGUCGAAAGCCAUCACUUUCUAAUGUUUUUUCAUGCCCUGAAAAGGAAAACAGUUAAGAGGGAGGAGCCCUUGAGCGGGUGGAAGAAAGAUUCCGGGUAAGAGCCUUUCACCAACCAACACAGCCAUAUCGCAUCUUCUUCCCGCCACUUGUUUGUACGGAGAGAAGAAUCGGAAUCCUUUGCCUUCUCAAAAGGAUGAUUCUUUUUCCUCGAUUUCUCUUCAACGCGGUGUUGGAAAGCUUCCUUCUCCUUGGUUCUGUGGAAAAGCCUUUUUCAUUGUAAAGA